UGCAUAUGAAUGACGUCAUGACUGAAAAUGGCGGCUUCCAAAAUGAAAUGGCUUCCCAAAUAUUGUAGCUGUUCAAAAAUGGGUUGAUUUUGUCAAAACCAUUGUCAAAAGUAGUAGUAACAAUGCUUAGUCCUAUUCCUUACCUUUUGAAAUGAGCGAUAACAAUGGGACAGAUAAUGUAGCAAAACUUAUGAACAUGAAUGGAGAUAUAGACGAGUCAGCACAAUUAUAUAUUGUACAAGCAGAGGACGAUACUAUUGAUAAAGCCAGAAAGAGAAUGACUCACAAUUCAAUAGAGAAGAAGAGGAAGGACAAGAUCCGUUACUGGAUCAAUAAGAUAGGUGAACUGUUACCACCUAUAGAAAACAGUCCUGAUAAAGAACGCAUGGGCAGGAGUACUUUAGAGAUAGUAGAAACAGCAUGGGAGUAUAUAACACAACUAAAGGCACAGGCACAGACAACUCCAGAUAUGACAGAAGAUGUUCAAAGAUUGGAAAUUCAAAGGUUGAAAACAGAUAUAGAAAAGACAAAGUUAGAAAGAGAUAGAUAUGUUGAUAUCAUUAGAAAUGCAGGUCUAUCCACUGACAUGACUCCUGGUAUAUGGGCUCAGAAGAACGUCAGUCCUGUUUUGUCAGCAAUUAACAUCAACAAUCAGGACUUAGAUCCAAAACAAAAAUCAAACAAAAAUAGGAAACGUAACACAAUAAGUCAACAGUUAGAAAACAUGAAAAAACAACAAGAAGAGUUAACUGCCCCUAAUAUUAUGCAAAUGAAUAAUCAGAAUAUGUUAAUGAAUCAGAUGCAGAUGAUGAACAAUCAAAUGAUGAUGCCUAAUCAAGCAGGGUUCCCUCAGACAUUUUUACCCGGUCAAAUGACAUUACCUGGUCAGGCUGGUGACAAAGACCAGUCUGGUGGGGAUCUGUUACAAGGAGCAAUGCAGGAAUCAGGCAUCACUCCAAAUAGUAAUUCUCAGACUGGAACAAUAGAGGAUUUGGUGACGCAACAUUCAUCUGAGUCUGCACUACAGACAUUAGCGUCUGUGGCGUCACAGAAUCUCGUUAGUGGAUCGACAGCGGUUGUGACUUGUCAGUCUGUGUCAUUGAGUAAUGCACCACAAAGUAGUUCCGUUACCACGGUUACAACACAGUCUGUAAACACUAGCAAUCCAAUAAUGGCCACUGGUCAGAUGAUGCAGAAUAAUUCUACGGGAUUAAUGCCAUUUGUGAAUGGACAACAAAACUUCACUGGAAAUAUGUUUCAAAAUCAGCAAGGAUUUAAUAAUCCUCUGAUACAACAACAACAACAACAGAUAGUGUUUAUUAAUGAACAAGGUAUUCCGUGCAUUGCAAAUGUACCAAUGGAUCCAAUGAUGCAGAACAAAGUGACAAAGACGGAACCAGCAAUGGAUCAAGCUUUUAACCAGCAACAACAAAUGAACAUAGCAUUACAAAACCAGCUGGCUGGUUUAACUUCACAAAAUCAAAUGAAUAUGGCUGGUGGUCUCAUCCAACAACAGUUUCCGAUGAACCAACAACAAUUAUUACAAGGACAAAUGGGUGCUACAAUGAACCAGCAAGGCCUAAUUCUACCGGUCAGCCAGGCUGGAAACUUAAUCAAUGUUAAUAACAUGGCUGGUCAGAACCAGUUACCACAAGCUCUUAUUUUACCAAACGGUCAGAUUGUACCUGUUGUCACAAAUCCACAAAUGUUAAGUACCGGCCAGAAUCAACUACUUCAGACCAAUCAAUGGAGACCACCUGUACCUCAGCCAAUUACAUCUGCACCAAUGCAGAUAAUUCAACAGAACCAACCUCAAAGUGGACAAGACCUGCAACAACAACAACAACAAUCAUUAGGACUACUAAUGACAACAAACUCUGUUAGCAGUCAGUCAUCUCCGAGGCCACAAAUCUCCAUGGCUAAUCAGUCUUCCAUCACUACAUCAACUAUGUCACAUUCAGCUAUACCAAAUCACAAUAAAACAGUUGACUCAUCUUUUCAGGAUUCGGUCAUGAACAAAGUGAAUUCAUCUGUAGAACAAAUGAUACACACACAGAAUGGCAUGUUGCCACAACCUCAGAACAAUAUAAUGAUUCCUGCUUCUACAUGUUCAUCUCAAAUAAGUACACCAAUGCAGCUACCAAAGCCUGCCAAUACAACAGUGGUAUCACAACCAAACCAUCCUCAGACAUUAUCUGGUAACGCUCCUAUUAUCAUUAAUAUGUCCUGUAACGGUCAACCAACAAGUAUAUUGGUUGAUCCUACAACAAUGCAGGUUCUUGGAACCGUUCAGACCCAACAGCCAGCUCCUGCUGCCGUCCCUCAACCUCCUGCUCCACAACAAGCAACACCCCCUAGUGGGGCAAAGAAAUCAAAGAAAAGAGUACUUUGUCCAAAACCUUCUGCGAAUGGACCUAAUGUAGAAGAUUUAAAUGUUGAAACUCAAACUGCUGAAGUGAAAAAGACAUCUGUUAACAAGUCAAAAGUUAAGCCUAAGAAAGCAGAACCAGAAAGUACCACUGAUAUUUUAGCAAAGGCUGCUCAGUCUAUCUUUUCAUCUGAAAUCUCUCCUGUGAACUUUUAUAAUCCUGCUAAUGAAGAUAAUCCCCUUCAAAUUGACACAAGUGUUGCAGAGCCGGAAGAUGAAACAAAGCGCUCUCCCCAGAAAGGAGUCGAAAUGGCUAAAAAUUUGACGGAAAUUCAACAGGAUGAGGUAGCUAAACUUAUAGAGGAUCAAAUUAAACAAGUAGACGAUCAAAAUAAAGCCGAAAAAGAAAAAGCUGUAUGUAAAAUUGUAGAUGAAAAUGUAAUGAAUAUAAUCAACGAAGAAGCAAAAAACUCUCUCUUAGUCAGUGAAAAUAAGUCGAAAAUUGAAGAGCAGCCAGGUAUCGAACAAACAUCUAAGAAGGCAAAGAAAAGUAAAAAAUCUGAGCCAGAAAUAUCAAAAGAAUUGGAACCUGAAACUAAACCUAAGAAUAGAAAAGCUUCAAGUGCCCGUAAAGGAAAACAACAAGAGGAUAUUGUUGUUGAAACAAAAGAUUUACCAGAAGCAAUAAUCUUCUCUGAAAAUGAUCUGUCUUCUGUGCUUGAUCAGGUGGAAGGAUUAGCGUCACCACCACCAAGCAAAAAGACAAAAAGUAAAAAGACUAAGUCUGAUACCAAUGAUAUCGAACCAGUGUCAAAGAAACGCAAACACACACCAACCAAAUCUAAGAUGGCCAGUGGGCCUGAAAAAGAGCCUGUAGCAAAGACAAGUAAAAAGUCUGUUUAUGAUUUUGAGGAGGAGGAGGAAGAGAUGAUAGAAGAUUUCUCCCAGCCUCUUUUUGGUUUACUUCCUUUACGGAAUACAGCGGCUACAACAAACAUGAUGAAAGGAGGUGAAACUAAGAGAGAGAAAAAUAGUAAAAAAUCUAGUGACAAGAAAAAGCCAAAAGAGGUUAAAAUGGAUGAUUCAUUGUUAUCUCCAGCAAGUGAUGAUCUACAGAUUAAUUUGGAUGUUGACAAACAAAAGGAUGAAAAUUCUGUUUCUCCAGAGAAAAGGAUGGAAUCAGCAAAAACAGAUUUACCUAAAAAUUCGCAUCAGGAUGUAGAUACUUCAUUUACUUCCGACAAAAGAAUGGAUUAUCCUAAUUUAGAAGUGACAAACGGUUUUGCCCCUCCCACAGAAAAUCAGACAAAUUCUGUUCAAAACUCAAACUCAGAACUGUUGUCACAUCCAGACAUUAUGCCGUUAGACAUAUCAACAGGAAAUGAUUCUACUGAUAUUGACAAUGCAAUGAGUAGCAUAUUAGGUUUUUCUACAAACUCUUUGUCGCCACAUAUUGUUUCACCAAAGCCUCGUAACCAAACUAUUGUUACAACUAUAGCUAAUUCUGUGAUUUCACCUGUAACGGUAUCAUCCAUAUCACCACUAUCUAUGGUGACGACGACGACAUCAUGCACAACAAGUACUCCUUCCGUGUCACAAGAUUUAUCAGUGCUAAUCAGUGAAAGUGAGAAAUUGACUUCAACCUCAUUACCGCCUGAAACUGGAUUAAAUAGUGUAUCAUCAAAAGAAAAACAAGAGUCUCUACUGUUUUCACAGAGUAAACAAUCUGAACGAUCUGGUAAUUAUAGUGCUACGGAAAAAUUACCAUCGGGUGCUCCACAGAAUUCAAUGGAAGUGAAUAAAAAAUCAAGUGAUAGCUCAAAAACUAAAUCAAUUUACUCUGCUGACAAUUUCGUUCAAUCAAGUAGAAAUGAUCUGAUUUCAUCGUCGUCUGUAAGUAAAUACAAUGAUAAAGUCAGCACUGUGCAAAGUAAAACAACAUCGUCAUCAACUAUACCUGUAUCUUUUAGUUCAACAAAUACAAGAAACAAUCGUAGUGAGGUAAAUGAUAGACCAAACACAAUAAAAUAUGGCCCGAAUCAUUCUUCAUAUCGUGAAGCAAGUCCAGAUGGGUUUAACUUUGCUAGUAUAGGUCUCAAUUUAUCAACCACUGCUCCAUCUGGAUCUUUUAUUGACAGUUUGAACAUGUCACCGAUUAUGUCAACGUGUUCGACAGCAACUGCUGUGACAAGUUCAUUCACUUUCACUCUAUCUUCUGUAAAAUCGACUGUAACUCAGUCUAGUGCCCCCUCAUCACAUAUUCCGUCAUCCCACCAAACACAGACCUCACACUCAUCGUCACAGAGUAGCCCAUUCCCAGUGUAUCAAGCUGGACAUCAUCAUUCUCCAGGAUCAUCGUCCACUAAACCAUAUCAUGGUAUGAAUCUUCCAAGUUUUGACAUGGAUUUGUCAAGAAAUAUGAACUCACAAAUGAAUCGUAACUCUGUUCAAUCACAACAGCAGCAGAGAUCAAAUCAUGAUCGGAUACCUCCCAUGCAAGGUCAGAACAAUGUGCCUUUUCCUUACGGUGCAGGUGAUGUCAACCGUGAAAGCUGUUCAUUGCGAGAACAGCCGAGGGAACUUCCCCGUGAACGUACACCUGUAUUUCAGAACAUAACAGCUACCACACCUCCUAUAGUGAAUAAAUCUCAAUCUGAUCAAAUUAGAAAUACUCAAAAACAAAUUCAAGAUUUGAGCCAGAAUCAUAAUGUGCCACCUAAACAGCAUUCAGAUAUGAAUAGAAAUAUGAAUCCAUUGGAAAGGGGACCGGUUCCUAAUAAUAUGCAGCCAUUUUUCUCUGCAAAUCCUCAGAAUACACCACCAUUACACCAUCCUCCUCUGAUGGCUGAUAAUGGUCGUCAGAAUAUUGUGUCAAGGAAUCCAUAUGAUCCGUUUCCACCGGCACAAUCUCAAGUCUAUAAUCCGUCAUCCUCUGCUCAAAGCUACAAUAGAUAUGAAUCAAAUUCAAUGCCUUAUUCAUCGCAUAAUAGCUCUGGUGGAACCCAGCCAUUAAGCCACACACCGCCUAGUAGUGAUGGAAGAAAAUCCGCAAAUGCAUUGCCGACAAAUUCAAAGCAGAAUACAAAUCAGUCUGCAAGAGCAAUGAGUGGUCCAUCGCCAGGCUCUGGACCAACUCCACCCGUGACAAAUCGUCACACGCCUCCACAGGCUGUUCAUCCACAACAAACAAUGCCGAAAUCUCAAAGACCACCAACUGCUAGUAGUGGUAACAGUAAAAAGUCUAAACCUUCUCAAAAGAGAACAAAACAGCCUGCUUAUGAGAUGAACGAAAUGCAUUAUCCGUUAUUUGACCCAAAUAGAAUGACACCGUUCUUAGGACAUCUUCCUCCUCAAGCGUUGUCACCACCAUCAAGAAAUGUACAAAAUGAUGCACAUAUGUUUUCUGGAAACUUUUUAGGACAUAGUUCUAGACCAUUAUCAAAUUCUGCAUCUGCAAUGAACAAAAAUUCAGAUUUUGGAGGACCAUUCAAUUCAAUAUUUCCACCAUCUCGAGGACAAAAUGGUUUGGGAUUGAAUUUUCAGUCAGGAUUUGGAAGUAUGCAUCCGAGCAUGUCUAAUGCCCCUUCUUUGACUCCACAUUCAGGUGGCGUCACUGUCACUCCACAUAUGCCUAACUUUAGUUUUAGUAAUAUUUUUCCCGAUUCAGGUCAGAGCGAUUCACCUAUAAACAUUUCUCCAAUCAAAUUACACGGAAAUCAGAUCAUGGAUUCAAACUCUCUUCAGCAUCAUCAAGGGAGCUCACUCUUCCAUCCACAUAAUAGAUCUCACCAUCCAUCGUUACCGAAUGCAAUGAGCAUAAACAGCAUCUUAGGACAUAAUCAUCAUGGCUUUGACGCACGACAAAUGACACAAGGCAUGAACUCGUCAGCUACACCUUUCGGUAGUCAUGGACACCCACACACGUUUGGAAUGCCACCAUUUUCAUGAUUUUAGUUUUUGUUGAUCAUGUAAAUCCAUUUUAUCUUGUUGUUAGUGAAUCACAUACGAAAAACAAAUAUUGUUAGACAGAUUUUCAUUUUUUUCCAAGCUGUAAUUUUUUAUUAGAAAUUUUAACUGUUUCCCAAAAGAAUUAUUUUGUUACAAAGGUGGAGGUGUGAUAAGAUUCAUUAUUUGGCUUCUAAAAUUGCUAAAAAAGGGGGGUUUAGUUUGGUCAUUUUGUUAAUAAUCUCUUUUGUGGUGUCUUUUAACUUUACGAAUAUUUUACACAUUAUAUAACCUAUAACCUUUGAUAUCAGACAGACUUGUCUUAUGAAUCUAAUGAUACCAUUUGAUAGAUUUUCAUUUUCAUGAGCUCAUCAAAAAUGGCUGUAUGCCUUUAUGAAACAAAUGGAGUUAAUAGCUAUAUGUUAUUCAAAUGAUAUAAAAUGAUGCACUUUGAUAUGAAGCUCACAAUUUUUUUAUUAAUUAUUUUAUUUUUCAAAUUAUUAUGGUUUUCAUACUUACAUACAGGUCUCAAAGGACAUGUUUUUUAUGACAAAUUAGUAAAUCUUUUUUUCAUAUUUAAAGGGAGGUAAUAAAUAUUUCAAAGUUUAUAUUGGAUUUUAACAUAGUUAUUCUUAAAGACGUUGAGAAUUUCAUUUUUUAUUGAAAAUAAUAAUGUAUUUUGUAUUUUUUCUGUUGGAUUUCUGAAGGUCAUCAAUGAAACCUUUUGUCUUUACUACAAUGGGGUUCACAGUCCAGAGUAAAAAGGACAUUAGAAUUUAGAUUUUAUGAAACAAAACAAACUUAAUGACAUCUACUUGUUCAUAUUAUGUAUAGCUUUCAAUAGACUGAAUAGUUGCCAUUAUAAGAACAGAAAUUUUAUGGGUAGAGGGUAAUAUUAUGUCAGAUAACUAUACAAGGGUACUUACUAUAUAAAUGUGAUGAAUAAGUUAAAUGAAGUCAAAUCAGAUUUGAUUUGUAAAUAAUAGUAAGGUCAACACAAAUAAUGUGUAAAAAAUAAUACUGGAAGAAUAGAAUAUGGAAUGGAAAAAAUAGUUACAAUAGCAAGUCCUAAGGCUUUAAUGUUUCUGCAAAAAUUAAAAAGUUAAAAACAGUUAUUAAGAAACAUAUUUUUAAAAUGUUAGUAUAGGAAUCUGAACAAUUUUAAACAAAUGGGAUAAAAAAAGAAUGUUUAAUGGAUAAAUGUGAUGAAUAAGUUAAAUGAAGUCAAAUUAGAUCUGAUUAGUAAAAUUAAUAGUAAGGUCAACCAAAAUAAUACUUGAAGAAUAGAAUACAGAAUGGAAAAAAUAGUUACAAUAGCAAGUCCUAAGGCUUUAAUGUUUCUGCAAAAAUUAAAAAGUUAAAAACAGUUCAGAAACAUAUUUUUAAAAUGUUAGUAAAGGAAUCUGGACAAUUUUAAACAAAUAGUUAUAAAUAGAAUUUUAAGUUGACAAUUCUUGGAAGGAAUUUGUGAUGCAUUAACUUAAUUUUGGAAAUGUUCUACCAAAAACAAAAAUAAGAGCUGCAAAAGAUGUAGAACAUUUUUCAUUUUGACUAUAUAAAAAGAAGAAUCAGUAUGGCUGCAUUUAAAUGUUUAUUUGUUUGAUUAUAAAGUAAACAGAUACAAACCAGAGUUAUCUUUCUUUCCAAGAAAUCUCACCUCAUAGAAGUUUGUCAAACAUUUUUCGUCAAAUGGACAUUAGGAUUUGAGUUUUAUGUACUUAAAGACAGAUAUUCUUAUUAAAAGUUUUGAACAGAGUUGUUAAAACAAUAAUGUUAUUGUAUAUUAAGAUAUGUAUUUAAAAGAUAUUUUGUUUGAUACAAAAAUGGACCUUUUAAAGGUAAAUCUAUUUGUAGUUAAACAAGCAUUACACAAAAUUGUGCUGCAUUUAGGACUUUUUUUAAAAAUUUCUUCAAAAAGCUUUUUAUCCACCAAAAACUUUGUCUAAGCACGUUGCAUAAUAUAUUGAAAGGGUCUGUGACCACUACUUAAGGAUAGUAAAUACUUUUAUUUCUAUUUGAGACAUUUUUUAUGAGAUGAUCCUUUGACGUAUGAUUAGUUAUAAUUAAAAGGGAAACAACUUUAUAUCAACAUGUCUACACAGCCUGCUAGAUUUGGAAUAGUUAACCUUGUGAGUAAGUAUCCAUCAAAUAAGGGAUACUAAAGAAGUCUGUAAAAGAAUUUGAUAUAAAAGUGGAGUCUGUUUGAUAAAAUUCCAUGUACAAAACAAUGUUUUUAUAGAAUAUGCAAUCAUGCCAUAAACAAAAGUUUCAUUUUGUGUAUGAUUUACCUCAAUGUAUUUCAAUUUUGUUAAAUUUCUUCAUUUUAUUACAAUUUUGAUGAAACAUGUUCAAUUUUAAGGGCAAAUUAUUCAUGGGAAAUUUGUUUUCUUGAUCACUGAAAAAAAAUGUCUCAAAUUUAAGUGAUUGCUUAUUUGGGGAACUGUUCCCUAUUUUGAAAGCUAUGUCUGACUGUUGAAAUUAAGUUUCAUUUUGAUGAUCUUAAUUCAAUUGUUCAAUUUGUAGAUUUUUUUAUUUGUAUAACAGCCUACAGAAGACAGGGUUUAAAUAGGAUAUCUUGCAUGGGUAAUUGUCCAGUCAAACAUAUUUGAUAUGACAAUUGGUAUCUUUGUUACCAUGGUUACAGUCUCUAAGAUUUCAUUUUCAUGCUUAGCUCUGCUGUGUAUUGUGAUAUUUAUAGAAGUGAAAGUUUGUCAAGUUCACCAAAAUUUCAUUCAUCAACUUUUAUUUUUCUGCAAAGUAAGUAAGACAUAUCUCUCUAUGUUAUGUUAUUUUAAUGUUUGAAAGUUUCAAAAUUUUUGUUUAAAGAGGAAAACAUUUUUAAAGGGAUAAAAUAAUGAUAUGAAAUCAAAGUUGAAGGUUGUUUUAAUUUCAUACCAAAAUGUUGGAUGACUGGCAAGAAACCCUGUGUUUUUGUGUUUUUGGGUGAAUGCCUUGUGAUAAAAUUGCUAAUUUUAUUCAUCUUGGUAAUAAUUUUUAGGUGAAUUGGGUCAUGCCAUUUAGUUAUGCUGUAUUUUUGUUCUUCAUUUUAAUAUAUUUCAGUUAACAUAGUUAACAAUGAAGAAAUUCUUAUAUCAAAGCAUUCCAAAUAGGAUUACAAAGAAGCAUUUAGUUGUACUGCCAGUCUGAAAGUUGUUAACUGUGUAAACAUAAUGUAAAAUUAAGCUUUAUAAUAUAUAUAUUCGGUAGACAUCUUUUUUUUCAUGCUGUUUUUAAUUAUCACUAUUUUUAUUUUUGUAUUUCAAUGUGUUUGUGUGUACAUGUAGUAAUGAUUUGUUAUACAUUGUGUGUUUUGUUUUAUGCCAGGUCUCUCAACUAGCUUCCAAUUUAUGCCAAACUUACAUUGAAAUCCACAUCAGUAGACUCAUUUAGAAAAAUUAUAAUUUCAUUGAAAAAAAUAUAUGAUAUCAAGCAAAUAUUGCUUAGUGCCAUAGAGAAUAAGUUGAAUAUUACAAAGUGAAUUUUUAAAAAUUUGUUAAUUUCUUUUUUAAAUGCAGGUCAUAAUUUGUAAUAUUAUUUAAUCACCAAAAAAUAGUAAAUGCCAUUAGCUUUUAUCAUUUUUAAGUUCUUUAUAUAUCUUAUUUCUAGAACAAAGAGAAUCUAAAAUUUAAAAGCUUUUAUUUAGGUGGUAUUAAUGGCAACAAGCUUUGCUGUGCUUACCAUUGAUGUUUGUAACUUUGUUUGUUGGUGCUUGUUUUACGAUUAUUGGUUGUCAUUCUCCAUGUAUUUUAAAGGUUGUAUGAAUUGUAAUCAGGCAUUCAUUAUAUACACAAGUGAUGCACUUUAUAUCGUUUUUAUUUGUAAAAAAAUUAUUUUUACUUAGACUUCUGACUAUAUGUACAAAAGAAUUUGCAAGAUACUUAAUGAAUUUUCAUGAUGUAGAUUUUUUCAUCUUGUAAAAAGUAAGGUUCAGUGCUUAAAUAUUAGGUUAAAAUGCUCAAAUUAUGUAUAUAAUUCGUAGAUAUAUUUAUGUAAAUUAUUUUGUCAUAUUUUAUAUAUAACUGAAUAUUACAUGAAACAACAGUA